AGGCAGAAGCUUAGAGUAGCCAUUUUGAGUGGCCAUUAGCGACUGAAAGAAAGGGAGAAGCUGAUACGAAUCGUAGGCAAUUAAAGCAAGCAGGGAUCGGCAUAUCUUACGCGUUGGUGUUGUAUUUUUUUUGUUUUCAGCGUCUCUUUUUAUUUCUAAUAAGUUUCCCGGAUCUCUCCGGUCUUGGGUCUGGUUGCUCCCCCGCGGGAUUCGCUUCGCCACGGCAGGAGAGCGGGGCGCCCGGCGGGGCGGGGGGGACAUUGUGACAUUCACCAGCGGAGAAGACACCAGCGGGGCCCGCCACAGGAAAAGAAGAAGGCGGAAAAGAGGAAGACCCCGAGCUGAGAGCAAGAGGAAGAUGGAGGUGGAGAGAGGGGAACCAAGCAAAGAGGGCGAAGUGAAUGUUUUGGACGACAUCUUAACGGAAGCUCCAGAUCAGGAUGAUGAGCUAUACAACCCUGAAAGCGAGCAAGAUAUGAACGAAAAGAAAGGCUCUAAAAGAAAGAGUGACAGAACGGAGAUGAGUGAACCAAAGAGGCAGAAACCGUCUAUACAUUCACCAAGGCAGAGAUUGUCUGCUGGGGGCAGUAAGAGACCCAUUAACACCAAAGGAAAGACCUCAUCCGAUUAUAAAAGUGACGUUUUACAACGAAAACACCGCAGGCGAUCUGAAGGUGAUAGGAGAAGCCGCCCCGCUAGUAAUACACGAGAUGGUUUUAAAGGACAUGAUAAAGUAAUCUCAAGAAGAAGAGAGUCAGAUAGGCGACCCAAAUCCGCCUCUCCUGAUGUGGCAUCUGAGAAGAUCCGUUCAGAUUCAAGCAGGAGGCAAAGCAGGUCUAGUCAUUCAUCUGAUGGCAACUCUGAAGAUUAUGGUUCUGAUCGAGAUACUGGAAGCAGUGAAUCUUCUGAUGAAGCGCAUGGUCAUGAUAGUGAGAAUGAAGAAGUCAUGGAAGAGGAGGAUGGAGAAGAGGCGGAGGCAGAGGAGGAAGCUGAGGAAGCAGAGUAUGGCCAAGAGGGGCAUGAACGAGACCAGCGAGAAGGGAAUGAUUAUGACACUCGCAGUGAAGCCAGCGACUCAGAAUCUGACUCUGCCUCAUUCAGCGAUGGGGACUCUAUUCGAUCUGGAUCUGGCUCUGAUAUUUCAGAUAACAAAAAGAAGGAAAGGAAAAGGGCUAGAGGUAUUUCUCCAAUUGUGUUUGAUAGAAGUGGAAGUUCUGCAUCAGACUCUUAUGCAGGUUCUGAGAAGAAGCAUGAAAAAUUACCAUCUUCUGUUCGUGAUGUUCGAAAAGAACGUAUGAAUAAAAUUAGGUAUAUUCUUCAAGAAGCUCGAUUCUUUCUCAUUAAAAGUAACAAUCAUGAGAAUGUAUCCUUGGCCAAAGCAAAGGGGGUGUGGUCAACAUUACCUGUAAAUGAGAAGAAGCUAAAUACUGCCUUUAGGUCUGCAAGAAGUGUAAUUUUAGUGUUUUCUGUUAGAGAGAGUGGAAAAUUUCAAGGUUUUGCAAGAUUGUCUUCAGAAUCACAUCAUGGUGGAUCUCCAAUACACUGGGUACUACCAGCAGGAAUGAAUGCAAAAAUGCUUGGUGGUGUAUUUAAAAUUGAUUGGAUUUGUAGGCGUGAGUUACCAUUUACCAAAACUGCUCACCUUAACAAUGCUUGGAAUGAACAUAAACCUGUCAAGAUUGGCCGUGAUGGACAGGAAAUUGAACCUGACUGCGGAAACCAGCUCUGCCUUCUGUUCCCGGCUGAUGAUUCCAUUGAUUUGUAUCAAGUCAUUCACAAAAUGAGGCACAAGAGAAGAAUGAAUUCACAACCCCGAUCCCGAGGUCGACCCACGCGACGAGAGGCAACACGAGAAGUGGGAAGGCGUCGACCAGAAGAUUAUGAUAUUCAUAACAGAAAGAAACCAAGAGUUGACUAUCCUCAAGACUUUCAUCAGCGACCAGGGUUUGUCAAGGAUCCUCGCUACCAAGAAGUAGACAGAAGAUUUACUGGGGUUCGCAGAGAUGUAUUUUUAAACGGGUCUUACAAUGAUUAUGUACGGGAAUUUCACAACAUGGGCCCACCUCCUCCCUGGCAAGCAAUGCCUCCCUACCCAGCAAUGGAACAGCCCCCUCACCACCCAUAUUAUCAACAUCAUGCACCUCCACCACAAGCCCACCCACCCUUCUCGGGUCACCACCCAGUUCCACAUGAUGCAAGAUAUCGCGAUAAACGAGUUCAUGAUUACGAUAUGAGAGUGGAUGACUUCCUGAGACGCACACAAGCAGGAGUGGUGAGUGGUCGUAGAAGCCGGCCUAGAGAAAGGGAGAGAGAAAGAGAGCGAGAGCGGCCAAGGGACAACAGACGAGACAGAGGGCGUGAUCGCGACCGAGAUAGGGAGAGAGACCGGGGGCGUGAUCGAGACAGAGGAGAUAGAGGCAGAUACAGAAGAUAAUUUGUUUAUGAAGAACCGCUUUUGAAUGAACUUUUUUUUUUAAAUUUGUUCCCUCGUGUGUUUACAAUGUAGAGAGAUUUUCUGUUAACAAAUGGUCUUAAGGUCAAAGAAAAAUUGCAAACUCAAUCUUUUAUAAAUUAAUUCUCUUAUGAACCUGCUUUAUUUCCUUAAAAAUUAAGAUUCCCUGUUGGUACACAGAGAUAAGGCAUUAGUAGUAUAAAGAAGGGCUUUAUGUAAGUACAUUGUAAGUAAGUUUAUAUACUUUCAAGAAGCAUCCCAGUGUUUGUUUUCCUAAGAUAAAGCCAUGACUGUCACUAAGUAAAUUCCAGCAUCCCUUUCUCUAGAAGUUUAGCUAUUUAAUUUGUAUUGAGCUUUUUUUUUUUUUUUGUGGGGGGGGGGGGAGAUUUACAGAUGAUUCUGUAAAAAUGUAUUGCUGCUAUUUGAGUAUGCAGACUUUAAAAUAUAGGCUGAUUUGUGUGGCCGUGUUGUAGCAGCCCCUUGCCUUCUCUCCCAUUUGGCAAUGGUGAAAGCAAUAUUGAUAAACCUCUUCCUUUUUUAACUUCUUGUUUACCUCUAUUUUGAUUCAACCUUUUUAUGUGCAAACUACAUAUUUUUGUGGGAAAUGAACACCUCUGUUUGCUAGGUUGUCACUAUGACUGCUUCUUUGGUUUUUAUACCAAAUAGAUGAUAAAAGGUAACUUCAUUUGUUACUGCACUGUUUUCUUUUUCCUUUUUUUUUUUUUUUUUUUUUUUUAGCCAUGCAAAAGCCGCUAUUAAGCUAUUUUUCCUCUUAUAUGAAGCACCUGUUUGUGUAGUCUUAUACCAUGACGAGUUAUUCUGUGCCAUUUUUAAUAAAAAAAAUAAUAAUCA